AUGAUGAACUUUUUAAAUUUUUGUAUCUUUACAUUUUGUUUUUUAAUAUAUGUUCAAUGUUCUACUACUGAAAGUUUCAAAUUCAUUUACGUCAAUUAUAUAAAAGAUAAUAAUUUAAAGAAUGAAUCAGAUAAUUUUCAAUAUAUUUAUGUAAAUGAAAACGAAGAUAAAUUUCAAAUAAAAAGUUCAGUUGUAGGAGAAAUUAAACUAGAGGAUGAAAUAUACUUUUACAAGAGUUUUACAAAGGUAAUUAAUUAUUUUAAAUAUGGAAUACCAGUUAAUGUAAAUUUUAUUUUUGAAUAUAAUGAUGGUGAUUUAAUUUUACUUAAUCAUGAUAAAAAAGGAGUUAUCUGUAAAAUUAGUGACUUAUAUUAUAGUGAAAAUGGUACAAAAUAUACAACUAACAAAAAAGAAAUGUAUGUAAAAAGUGAAGUAUUUGAUAUAGUAAGUUAUUCUAAUUAUAAUAACGAUAUGAUAAAGAGUGUAGCAUUAUGUGAAAUUAAAAAUGAUGUUUUUUUGCCAACGAAAUAUUUGUGUUAUCCAUCAUUUAAUGUGGGAUUAAAUGCAACUUUUAUAAAAAAUGAGGAAUAUAAAAAAUUAUUAGAAUCAAUAAAUUUAUACAUGAUUGAGGAUAAUGCCCCUUUACUUCAAAAAAUAUCGGAUUAUUUUAAAAACUUAUUUAAAGUUGAUUUUGAGAAUAUUAACUUUUCCUAUUACAUUUUUAAUAAAACAAUAUUAUGUAAUUUACAGAAUUUUUUACCUAACAAUAUAAAAGAUUACCAAAAAGAUGAAGAAAUACAACAUAAAUUACAGCUAUAUAAUGAUGAAUACAUUGAUAGUAAUAAUACUUAUUUAUUUAGUAAUAUGUCAGAUUAUAAAAAAAUAGAUGAUAAAUUUAUUAUAUGGAGACACAAAAAUAAAAAUUUAGUUGAAAAAAAUUUCGAAAAAUGUAAUACCUUUUUUUUUAAUCAGAGUAAUUAUAUAUCUGAAUACAAAAAUUUACAAAUUGUUUAUGAAAGCUCCUUAUAUAAGCAUAUAAAUUUAUUUAAAAAUGCAUCUUUAACAGAAAUAAAAAGUAUUUCUUCUGUAGGAGAAUACACUGCAUUUUUAUAUAAAUAUGAUGAUUACAUUGUAAUAUUAAAAAAUUAUAAGCCUUAUUUAUAUUUUCAACUAAAAAGCGUAGUAGAUAUAGUGCUAUUCCAAGAUAGUUAUAAUGAUUUAAACUUUUAUUACAUUAAUUUAGAUAUUGUUAAGAACACAAUGUACAUAUAUAGAUGUAAUUUAAAUUCAGAUGACUUGAAAUGCAAAGAAAUAUCUUAUAUUCCUUAUGAGAAUAAUGUACAGCAGCCAACCUUUUAUAUAUCAACUGUUCAAAAAAGAGAUAUUUCUGCUGUUUUUGUAAGUACAAAAACUAAGAUUUGGAAAAUAUAUAAAAAUAAAAACAAUACAUAUGAGAGAAAAAUAUUAGAUUACAUAUCAAAUAAAGAUACAGAAUAUUUUGGUCAUAUAAAUUGUUAUAUAAUGGAAAUAAUAUAUGAGAAAAAACUAUUUUAUAAAUACUUAAGCAACAAAUCUAAGAAUGUAGAUAAGGUAAAUGGUUGUUCAUAUUUAAAGCAUUUUACUGAUUCUGAGAACUCAUUACUUACAUCAUUUAUGGAAAAUAAACACUUUAUGCAGAAAACUUAUCAUAUAAUUAAGGAUAAAAAAUUUAUUGUUUCAUCUGGAAGUACUAAUUUAACAAUAAAAGUAAAUGAAAUGUCAAAUUUAAUUAUGAUAUUCUUUAUUAUUAUUAUCCUACUUUUAGCUGUUUAUGUAAUUUUUAAAAUUGUGUCAUUUAAUAAAUCAAAAUUUGGAAAAAUGAAGCAAUAUAUCUUUGAUGAUGCUAGAACUAGUUGCGCAUCAACUGUGGGAAGGGCCUAA